CGGCGCGGGCGGCGGCGGGAGCGCUGGGCGGCCAGAUGAACGGGGCGGCGGCGGGCAGAGCGGAGCGCGGCGGACGGAGUGGCGGGGCGGGGCGGGUAGAGCAGCGGCGCGAAGCCGAAGGGGCACCAGCCUCAUCGUCGUCGUCUUCCUGCACGCCCUUCUCGGAGUUCUUGGGCACCGCGAGGACGGCGAGGAUAUGCCACCGUCCGUCGUCCGUCGUGUACAUCGCGCUAGGCAGCGAGGUGCCACUGCGCGUGGAUAAGGUCCACGAGCUCGCGCUCGGGCUGGACGUCGCCGGGACGCGCUUCCUGUGGGCUCUGAGGAAGCCCACUGGCGUCUCCGACACCGACCUCCUCCCCGCUGGCUUCGAGGAGCGCUCGUGCGGCCGCGGCGUCGUGGAGACGAGAUGGGUUCCUCAGAUGAGCAUACUGGCGCACGCCGAGAAGGCGUCGCGGCAGCGAUUCGUGCAGUCGCGGUGGAGGUCCUGGAGGAAGAAAGCAGCAAAGCGUUUCAAGCCAAUACCAAGAAGCUGCAGGAGAUCGUCGCGGACAUGGCCUGCCAUGAGAGGCAAGAUAUCAAGAUCAUGGGCUUUUUCAUCUCCAAGCGGCGAGGGCGGGGACACGGCGGCUCGUUCAGGUUCCACACGACGGUGGAGGCGGCGCAGCAGGCCAUCGCCACCGGGCACGUGGAGGCCGAGAGCGCGGCGAACGGCGUAGGCCUCACCAAGCUCAUGGGCCGGAGCGCCGGCCACCGGGGAGAAGAGCGGCAGACAGCUAGGCGAGCGGCGCAAGAGAGAGAUGGCCGCCGCUGCCCCACGCGCCUCGCGCGCCAUCGCCCGCCGCCAGCCAUGCGCUGUCCGUCGUCGCGCCGCCCGCCGCCGCCGCGCGGUCCGCCGUCGCCCGCCGUGCUGGACGCCACCCGGCGAGAGGAGGGAGCAGAGAGAUGGGGAGAGCCGGAGAGGAGGAAGAAGAGGAUUGGAUUUGGUUAUCUGAGAAUGACAUGUGUGGCCCACGUGGGCCACACCAGUGUAGCUGACAUGUGGGACCCACCAUUUUUAAAUUAUUUUUUCUAUGGCUGACAUGUGGGCCCAUGAUUUUUAUUAUUUUUUAAGAUAUAA